AUGCCCGAGGGCCAGAGGGCUCCUGCCUCUCCCCGGACGGCUCAUAGGGCCCGGGACAGGGGCUCGUCUGGGCUUGCGGUCUGCCCGCCACCCCAGCGCCCGGCCCCGGGGUUCCCGGAGUCCCCGGCCCCUCGGCGGGCCGCCGUCUGCGCUAGUGUCCCGCAGAAGCUGGCCGAGGCGCUGAGCAGCCAGUACGGGCUGAACGUGUUCGUGGCGGGGCUGCUGCUCCUGCUGGCCUGGGCCGUGCACGCCUCGGGCGUGGGCAAGAGCGACCUGCUCUGCUUCCUCACGGCGCUCAUGCUGCUGCAGCUACUCUGGAUGCUGUGGUACGUGGGCCAUAGCUCCGCGCACCGUCGCCUCAUCCGCCUCAAGGACACGCACGCCGGCGCGCGCUGGCUCCGCGGUAGUAUCACAUUGUUUGCAGUCAUUACCAUCAUCCUGGGAUGCCUUAAAAUUGGGUACUUCAUUGGAUUUUCUGAAUGUUUAUCAGCCACAGAAGGAGUUUUCCCUGUCACACAUGCGGUGCAUACUCUGCUGCAGGUAUAUUUUCUUUGGGGGCAUGCGAAGGAUGUCAUUCAGUCUUUCAAAACACUGGAAAGGUUUGGAGUCAUCCACUCGGUGUUCACCAACCUGCUUCUGUGGGCCAACAGCGUCCUGAAUGAGUCAAAGCACCAACUGAACGAGCACAAGGAGCGGCUCAUCACCCUGGGCUUUGGGAACAUAUCUAUAGAUUUAGAUGACCACACACCUCCAUGUAAUUGCACACCCCUGGCUUUCUGCUCCGCCAUCUCACAGGGGAUUUACUACCUCUACCCUUUCAACAUCGAGUAUCAGAUUCUGGCUUCCACUAUGCUCUAUGUCCUGUGGAAAAACAUUGGACGAAAAAUUGACAGUCAUCAGCCUCAGAAGAUGCAUUUCAAGUUUCACGGGGUCAUGGUGGGCUCGGUCCUGGGCCUGACGGUGCUGGCAGCCACGAUCGGGGUUGUGGUGGUGUAUCUGAUUCAGAUAGGGCGUUCCAAAACCAAGAGUGAGUCUGCACUCAUCAUGUUCUACGUGUACGCCAUCACCUUGCUGGUGCUCAUGGGGGCUGCAGGGCUGGUUGGAAUCCAGAUUUACAGGAUAGAUGAGAAAUCACUAGAUGAGUCCAAAAAUCCGGCCCGCAAAGUGGACGUGGACCUCUUGGUGGGCACUGCCUUCGGCUCCUGGCUCAUCUCCUGGGGCUCAAUCUUGGCCGUGCUCUGUGCCGAGUCCUGCCCCCCGUAUACCUGGUACAACCUGGCCUACUCCAUCCUGGUGAUCGUGGAGAAAUACAUCCAGAACCUCUUCAUCAUCGAGUCCACCCACCGAGAGCCCGAGAAGCUCUCCGAGGACAUCAGAACCCUGCGGGUGGUCACAGUCUGCAAUGGCAAUGCCGCAUACCAUGCUUCCUCCUGCCUCGAGAGCGGAGCUGUGGCCGGGGCCGUGGCUCCCCAGGGCAGUGAGAUGUCACAUGCAGUCGUCAGAAACAUGAGUCUACGAGAAGGCUGUGGCAAAGAGGAAGAGGAGAGGCGCCGGGAAGGGGCCCCGGGCUCAGCCUGCCGCCCCUGUUUCUUGCAGGGCAAUGCCAAGAGGAGAGUCUUGAAGAAUAUUGCAGCCUUUUUGUUCCUCUGCAAUAUUUCGCUGUGGAUCCCUCCCGCCUUCGGCUGCCGCCCCGAGUACGACAACGGGUUGGAGGAAAUUGUCUUUGGCUUUGAACCCUGGAUAAUAGUGGUCAACCUGGCCAUGCCUUUUUCUAUUUUCUACCGAAUGCACGCAGCCGCCUCCCUCUUUGAGGUCUAUUGUAAGAUAUAGUCGGGUCCACGUGAAGGUGAGCCAACAGGAGGAUGCAGUGGAGCCACCUGGGAUGACCAGUUGGGCAAAUAUUGUCUUACACAUGCGAGAAGGGCCGCCUUUUGUCUGCAGUCAUUGUGUUCCCCAUGGGAUGGAAUGGCCCAUCACCCCGGAUGAAAGCAAACAAGCUAGAUCAAAAUCAACAAGGUGACUGAAAUCUGUCCUUGGUUGGUUAGUUCUAAUCAAACUCAAAUUAUUUUAUCUCCUAAACGAAAUCUUUUGUUUUAGAAGAAUGUGAUCCCAGGUUGGAAAAAAAAAUUAUCCAGUUUGUUUUUCAUAAAAAUCAUUUUCUGUUAUCAUAUUACUACACACAACCCUUUUCUGACCGUCUGGGUCGUGUAAUCACCCUUACAUUUCAUCCUUCCCAGAGCUGAUGCAUGGAGAGACAAUCACAUUUAGUUUAUAUUUCUGAAUAUGUUUAAUUUUCUGAACAAAGUUAUUUUUAUAUAGAUCAAUGUAAAGACAUAUUUUUUACCUGAAA